AUGUCGUUGAGACCAAACGCCAAGGUGGAGGUCCGCCGGAAUAGGUACAAGGUGGCGGUUGACGCGGAGGAGGGACGGCGGAGGAGGGAGGACAACAUGGUGGAGAUACGCAAGAAUCGGAGGGAGGAGAGCCUACAGAAGAAGCGUCGUGAAGGACUUCAGGGGAAUCCGCAGUUCACUAUUCCUGCUGAAGCCACCACUGGCAUCGAUAAGAAGGUGCAGUUAGAAAAUUUACCAGGAAUGGUUGCUGGUGUCUGGACUGAUGAUUCUAGUAGACAGCUAGAGGCAACUACCCAUUUCCGAAAAUUGCUUUCUAUAGAACGGAGUCCUCCAAUUCAGGAGGUAAUUCAAGCAGGUGUCGUUCCUCGCUUUGUUGAAUUUUUAAUGAGGGAAGAUGUUCCACAGCUUCAGUUCGAGGCAGCUUGGGCCCUCACAAAUAUUGCUUCUGGGACAUCUGAGCACACUAAGGUGGUAAUUGAUCAUGGUGCUGUCCCUAUUUUUGUGAAACUUCUUGGUUCUGCAAGUGACGAUGUCCGAGAACAGGCUGUAUGGGCCUUAGGAAACGUAGCCGGAGACUCCCCUAAAUGUCGAGAUCUUGUGCUUGGGCAUGGAGCCUUGGCUCCUUUGCUAGCUCAGCUUAAUGAACGUACCAAGCUAUCUAUGCUCAGAAAUGCCACCUGGACCCUUUCGAAUUUCUGCAGAGGCAAGCCACAGCCUGCUUUUGAACAGACAAGACCUGCUCUUCCAAUUCUUCAGCAACUUAUACACUCAAUUGAUGAAGAAGUUUUGACUGAUGCAUGUUGGGCACUCUCUUAUCUUUCUGAUGGCACUAAUGAUAAAAUUCAAGCCGUGAUCGACUCUGGAGUAUGUCCCCGUUUGGUUGAGUUGUUGCUUCACCCGUCUCCUUCUGUUCUUAUCCCUGCCCUUCGGACAGUUGGAAACAUUGUCACUGGAGAUGAUAUACAAACUCAGUAUAUCAUCAGCUAUAAUGCACUUCCCUGUCUUAUGAACCUCUUGACUGGUAGCCAUAAGAAGAGCAUAAAAAAGGAAGCUUGCUGGACUAUUUCGAACAUCACAGCUGGAAACAAGGAGCAAAUUCAGGCUGUGAUUGAGGCCAACAUUUUUGGUCCUCUAGUUCAUUUGCUUCUAAAUGCAGAAUUUGAUGUGAAAAAGGAGGCUGCCUGGGCAAUAUCAAAUGCAACGUCCGGUGGCACUCACGAACAAAUUAAGUAUCUUGUGAGUCAACAGUGUAUUAAGCCGCUAUGUGAUCUGCUUGUCUGCCCUGAUCCAAGAAUCGUUACAGUGUGUUUGGAAGGACUCGAAAACAUUUUGAAGGUAGGAGAAGCUGAGAAGAAUUUGGGACAUACAGGAGAUGUCAACCUUUACGCUCAGAUGAUUGAUGAUGCUGAAGGCCUGGAAAAAAUCGAAAACCUGCAGAGUCAUGAUAAUAAUGAGAUUUACGAGAAGGCAGUAAAGAUUUUGGAAACAUACUGGGCGGACGAGGAAGAUGAUGAACCGGCACCCCCAGGAGAUGCCUCCCAACAAGGAUUCCAGUUUGGAGGUGGAGAUGUCUCUGUGCCUUCUGGUGGAUUCAGUUUCAAAUGA